CCCACACCUUCCUCUCUCUGCGUUGGAUCCUCCUCUAAAUUCCUCUAAAGGUGAGGGUGUGUGGUGGUUUUGAACGUACAGACUUCAUUCUAUCUCUUGUAUUCGUCGCACAGUAUCUGUUGUGGACACAUUCAGCCAUCCAGAUAUACUACAUACAACAGCGCUUUCUACACAGAGCGCUGAAUUUGACGCCUGCUCACGCUCCGGAAAUGGCCCGGUUAUGGCGUUCACUGCCACUUCUCUUCCUGUUUUCUUUCGUUAUAUGGUGUGUGUUUGACACUGAAGCCAAAGCAGACCAUUCUGUAUCCCUCCAAAGGCACAGGAGAGAAUGGAUCGUCCCUCCACAAAUUUUGGAGGAGAAUGUAGACUACAGUAAACAGAACUCUAUUGCUAGGAUUCGUUCAGACAAGGAAGAUGCAAGUAGGGGCCCAAUAAGAUAUUCCUUAAAGGGCAUCGGUGCAGACCAGCCACCCUAUCACUUGUUCGUUGUGGAGCCUUCCACUGGCAAUGUUCGAAUAACUGGGAUCCUAGACCGAGAGACCAUUGCCCAGUACAAUCUCUCUGGAGUUGCUACAUUCCCUGACGGCACAGUGGCAGAGAAUGAUAUUCAGCUGAGAAUAAAGGUGAAAGAUCAGAAUGACAAUGCGCCCAUCUUCUUGCCCAUCUCCACAGGAUCUGUCAGUGAGCUCAGCGCUGUAGGUACGACCGUAAUGAAAAUAACAGCGACCGAUGCUGAUGAACCCGGGAACGUCAACUCUCAGAUCCUCUAUGAGAUUGUUGAUCAGAAUCCUCCAGGAAAUAUGUUUACAAUCAAUCAGAAUGGAGAAGUGAUUGUUAACAAUGAAAACUUGGACCGAGAGGCAGUUGACCAAUAUGUACUUACUGUAAGAGCCUCAGACCUCAAUGGGGGUCAAGGUUGCAAAACAGGGAUGGCAACAUUCAAUGUCCAGAUCCUGGACGUCAACGAUAACGUCCCAAUACUGGAGCAUGAAUCUUUUGAAGCCAGUGUUGAGGAGAACACUGAAAACGUGGAGGUGAUGAGAUUUAAAGCCACUGAUCUGGACCUGCAAAACACUGACAACUGGCAGGCUGAGUACAGCAUUGUGUCAGGCAAUGGUGGUGGGCAUUUCAAGAUUGUCACUGAUCCAAAGACCAAUGAAGGAGUCCUGAUGCUUGUCAAGAGUGUAGAUUAUGAGGAAGUAAAAGACAUGAAUCUGGGCAUCACUGUGAACAAUGUGGCUCCAUACUAUGAUGGAUCUGGGUCUUCAGGGAUAACAGGAGUGGUGGUGUCAGGAGGAGGAGGAGGAGGAGGUGGAGGUGGAGGAGGAGGAGGUGGAGGUGGAGGUGGAGGUGGUGGAGGAUCAUGGGGAAUGAUUGGCAGUGGGGCAGGAGGAAGUCUUGGUAAAGUCUACAAUAUGCAUGUUAAUGUAAAGAAUCAGCCUGAAGGCCCGGCCUUCAUUCCCAAGGUGAAGGCAAUUCCAAUUUCUGAAAAUGGCAAGAUGGUUGAUAUAACAAAAGUCCUUACAACGUACACUGCUACUGAUUCAGAUACAGGACGGCCUGCUGAGAGAGUCAAAUAUGUUAAAGGGUCUGACCGAGACAACUGGCUAUACAUUGAUGAGAAAACCGGUGAAAUCAAAUUGAACAAAAUCCCAGAUCGAGAGUCUACAUACCUGGUCAAUGGGACUUACAUGGCAGAAAUCCUCUGUAUUAGUCAAGAUAUGCCCUCUAAGACGGCCACGGGCACUGUCGCCAUCCAGGUGGAGGACUUUAAUGACCACUGCCCUACUCUGAUCAAUGAAACACAGACGAUAUGCACCACUCAGGAAGUUUUGUAUGUCACUGCACAGGACAAAGAUGCUUUUCCAAAUGCAGGUCCCUUCACAUUCCUCGUCAUCCCUGAAGGGACAGAUGGAAAAUGGAGUGUGGAGCAUUUAAACGCUACAUCAGCCAUGUUGAAGCCCCAAGACACACUGUGGCCAGGCCCUCAUCAGGUGAUUCUGGAAGUUCGCGACCAACAGGGAUUGUCAUGUCCAGACCGGCAAGUGUUGAAGGUGGAUGUAUGCACAUGUGAUAAAUCAGCAACAUGUGGCUCCAUUCUGGGUCAAAAGAAGAGCUCGAAACUUGGCGGUGCCGGAAUUGGUUUGCUUUUACUGGGACUCCUCAUGCUAUUACUUAUUCCACUCCUACUGCUGCUAUGUCAGUGUGGAGCAGCCGGCAUGAGCGGAGCCUUCACUGAGAUGCCUUAUGACACUAAAGAGCAUCUGAUUUCCUACCAUACAGAAGGGCAAGGAGAAGACCGGGAUGUGCCCUUACUCAUGAGUGACAUUGAUGGUCCUGGAAUGAUGAACAUGAACUCAAAAGGUGGCUUUGGGGGCACCAUGGCAGGUUCUGCUUUUGGAGCUGCAGGAGGUGCUGGUGCUGGUUACAUGAUGUCCACCAUGAACGGAGGAGGUCACCUCUAUAAUCAGAUGGAAAUGACUUCUAUGGAUCAGGGGAUGAGUGGAGGACACCUUGGGAUGAUGAGGGAUGAGUAUUCCACGUAUGACAGUGGAAUGGCUCUUAACGAAGACUUCUUGAAUCAUUACUACUCAAAUAAAAGUCAGCACUUAUGUACCACAGCUGAAGACAAUUUGCGGUUAUUUGGGUUUGAGGGUCAGGGCUCGCCUGCUGGUUCUGUAGGCUGCUGCAGUGACUUGGGAUCUGAUGACAGACUGGAUUUCCUUAAUGACUUGGGGCCAAAGUUCACUACUCUAGCUGAGAUAUGUGGAGGCACAAAGUUCACAAUGGCUGCUCCCACCCCUCCUCCUCCUCCAAAACCUAUCAUGGAUCACUCACAUCAUGAGCAUCAUGAAUCAAUUUCCACGCACACCAACAUUGCCAACGCUGUCAACACGGCUGUCGUUGCAGCACCCUCUACCAUGCACUCGGAGGAGAAUGUGGUAGUUACAAACACCCAUGUAGUGUCUGACAUGAGGCCAGUCCAGACUCUGAUCGAUGUGCCCACCCAGACCCUGAGGGUGCAGCAGCAGCCAAUGUACUACAUGGUGGAACCGCAGGUCUCUAACACUGUGCUGUUGGCCGAGAGGCCCAGCAUGGGACUGACCCAGGGGAUGUAUGUGCUGAACGGAGCUCCAAUGAAUGAAAGAGUCCUGGUCCAGGGUGCUGGGCAAGCACAAGGUACGAUUGGUGGCGACAGAGUGCUGUUGUUGGAAACUCAUGGAGGAUCCACUACGGCACUGAACACAGGCAUGCUCCAGUCCGCUCAUUUGUCUGGAUCGCAGCUCUUCCUGGUUGAUUCAGGUGCACAAGGUGGCCAGGUCCUCCAAGGAACACUGCAGACAGGGGCCAUGUCUGGAUCUCAAGGCAUAAUGCUAGUGGAAGGGCAAGGAGGGUCUGCAAUUCAUGGAUCCCUCCACAGAAAUGUUCCUGUGUCCGGAGCGUCUCAGAGUAUGCUACAUUUAGUUGAGAGGCAGGGAGGGACUUCAGGAAUCUCUUAUGGAUCUGUACAGGGUGGGGUAAUAUCCACUGCCAUGUCCCAGAAUGGGACUAUUGGAUUGAACACAAGCAGUGUACAUGGACAUCCCAGCUCACAGAAGGUUGUUGUCCAAGAGAAGAAGGUUGUGAAAACCAACCUGUAAUGAUGGAUACAUUUUCCUAACACUGAACACAACACCAGUAGUCUGAGGUAACGUCCUCAAUGCUUUAAAGCAUAAAAUACAAGCAUUUUGAUACUCAAAGGCUCUUAUAUUCAUUAGUGCAAAAACUGUACACGUCUUGUGAUUAUUUCUAAAUUUAUCUGUGUAUUUGGUCAUUGUGUUUUCUUUUUUUGUUACAUUUAACGUUGAUUUUAGGGUUCCUGUGUAAUGAAAAGUCAUAUCACAUAACACAACUUAAAGGUUACACAUUAUGUCAACUAUGCAAAUUCAGUGUUUCAAUCUGUAAAAAAAAAAAAAAAAAAAAAAAAAAAGUUUAUCAUUCUGUAUUGUCAGAGCAUAUUUCCUAAAGAAAACUCAAAAUUUAAGAAACAAACAAACAAAAAAAUAAACAAACUUGAAUUCCAAGCUUUAAGAACAGCAGACUGACCCUCCAUUAUAUUGGGAGCAGUUAAAAGAGAAACUAAUCAAAAUGGAAAACAAAAAUAGCAAAAGACUGUUGAUCAGUGUAGGGUUAAUUUAGAAAGUAACAAGUUUCUCAUAGAGGUAUAAAAAAUGUGUACUAGGUUUGGAGUGUUUUCAAAAAAAGAAUUGUAACUGCACUGCAAAAGAGUUAUAUGUUUGGUCACAAUUUUGAGGAAACCACUUGUACUUAAGCUAGUUAAAUGUUCAGUAUUGUGAUGUUAAAAUCACAUAAUAUAAAUAAAUCACUGAUAUAAAUAAGUCCCUAAGGUGCUUUAGACACAGGGUCUUUGGACACUGAUUUAAAAACCAGUUGCAUGUUUUACAUUAACACAUGAGGCAUGUGUUCACAAACUAUAAACACAAGGGCUUAACUGUACUAUAUCUGCUUUUAUACAACUAAAUAUUCACAAUAUCCUGUUGCAUUUAUUACAGAAAGAAACAGGACACUGUGACCUUACAUUUGAUGUCUUCUUAAGACAAUCAUGUUAACAAUUUAGCUCUUCUAACCUUUUAUAAUGUUAGUUUGAUGUCAUUUCCUUUAAAAUAUCAGAAUGUAAAGAGAUUUUUUAAACCAUAACAUGCUGUUAUGCUGGUACCAACAUGCUGGUAGUUUUGUAGCUUCCUUUUUCAGUUAUGAAUUAAUGUCCAAUUAUAACUCCUUCUAGCUAACGGGUGUCCAUUUGUAUCAAGCGAUAUUGGGUACUGGAUUAAUGUGGGAACACUGAAAUGUAAUGUUCUCUUGAGGUCAAAUAGUAGUUGCUGUUAAAUAUUUUAAGGGGAGCUUUAACUCAAAAAUGGGACUACUUUAUUGUGUUAAUUUUUUUUAAUGUAUAGAUUUUCAACACUUGCAUCAGCGAAAUGAAUGUGCUUCAUAGUAAACUGCCAUUUACUAUCAAAGAGAAAGCUUUAUCUUUGAUCUGUGGGUGUUAAACUGGAACCGCUUGGAUUUAACUUCUCAUUUAUUGUAGAUUUUAAUACAAUAAAAUGACAAACAAACAAACAA